UGUGGAAGUCGAACUCAAACACGGAAGUCACGAACGCGCGACAAAAAAGAAAGAAAGAAAAACCCGAGAAAUAUCUCUGCGGCCCUGCAGAGCUCUGCUCGUCUGGUCCCCCGAGCCGAGCCGGCGAGAUGGCGGGGAUCUCUCGCGCGAUCCGGGCCUGCGCCGCCGCGUCCCGGCGGACGCUGGCCGCUGCUUCGGGGGCGGCGCUGCCGAAGGAGGAAGCGGCAGCGGCGGGGGCGGGGGUGAGAGCGGCGGCGACCGGGCGCAGGGGGCGGGAUCAGGAGGACGGGAGGCGCGUGCAGUGGGUGUUCCUCGGGUGCCCCGGGGUGGGCAAGGGCACCUACGCCAGUCGCCUCUCGCAGCUGCUCGGCGUCCCGCACAUCGCCACCGGCGACCUCGUCCGCGACGCCCUGGCCACCCCUGGCCCCUUCUCGAAGAAGCUUGCUGAGAUCGUGAAUCAUGGAAAGCUGGUGUCUGAUGAGAUCAUCAUAAAUCUGCUGUCAAGACGCCUGGAAGAGGGAGAAGAAAAGGGUGAAUUGGGGUUCAUCCUUGAUGGCUUUCCUCGAACCAUAAGACAAGCGGAGAUACUUGAAGGAGUGACAGAUAUUGAUUUGGUGAUCAAUCUCAAGCUCCGAGAAGAAGCUCUGCUUGCAAAAUGCCUUGGCAGAAGGAUGUGCAGCCAGUGUGGCGGAAACUUCAAUGUGGCCUCCAUUGAUAUCGAGGGUGAAAAUGGUGGAGCUCGAAUGUACAUGCCUCCACUAUUGCCUCCUCCACAGUGUGAAUCGAAGCUAAUAACCAGAGCAGAUGAUACUGAAGAAGUGGUAAAAGAGCGGCUACGUGUGUACCAUGAUUUGACUGAACCAGUGGAGGAAUUCUACAGAACACGUGGGAAACUCUUAGAGUUCAAUCUACCUGGUGGAAUACCCGAAUCAUGGCCAAAGUUAUUGCAAGCCUUGAACAUAGAAGACCCUGACAAUAAGAGAUCUGCAGCAGCAUGAUUUUUUGUUUGUUUGUUUUAGGAAUGCACAUUAAAUUAAACAUCUGUAGCUUAUCUCAAAGUUAUUCAAUUGAUGAGCAUUCCAUAUAUCUUUAGAAAGUGUAGUCCAUUGGGGGUCCAGGUUAUUUUGGCGUACCACUCAAUUGUAUAGUAGAUUGAUUAUCGAUGGGCAAGAUCGAUGGAUAUGCUGAUUGUUAUCUUCGAACGCAAGGUCUGUAAAAGGCAAGAAAUAAUUGUUUGACGUCGAGACAUUCAUUUGUAGCCUGUAACAUACAUGUGCUCGUUGAAAGAGGUGCAUACCAGAAACAUCUGAACCUUUGGAGAUAUCAUUGAAGCUUUUCGUGUA